AUGGACGGAGUUUUGAUGCGUGGAGGGAAAGCCAUCCCUGGGGCCCGUAAAGCUUUGGAGAGAUUGCAAGGGGACAACCCAAAGAAUAAGGUUAUCCCGUUUAUAGUGCUCACCAACUCGGGUGGCGAGCUAGAGGCCGAGAAAGCUCGAAAGCUCAGCAAUAUUUUGGGAAUAGAGGUGAAAGACAAACAAGUGCUCGUCUCGCAUUCACCUAUGCGGGAGUUAGUUCCGGACUAUAAAGACAAGCUUGUUCAUGUCGUGGGGCCAACGCACUGUAAAAACGUAGCGCAUUCCUAUGGGUUCCGCCGCGUGAUUACAAGCCAUGAGCUAAGGAAUUGGAAUCGAUCUAUGUGGCCAUUUGAAGUCAUUGGUGACCAUCUCAGCUCGGCAGAGGCAACCCCAUUCGAUUUGAACGUCGAGCCCAUAAGCGCGGUCAUGAUCAUGCAUGAUUCAACAGAUUGGGGACUCGAUAUCCAAUUGAUCACUGAUUCAUUGAUGUCCGAGAGUGGAAUGCUGGGCACCCGGCAAGAUGCACAACGGGGAGCGAUCAAACAGGGCGUCCCCGUGUUCAGUUCGAAUCCGGAUUUCUUGUGGAGCAACGAUUGGCCGUUACCACGAUUCGGACAGGGCGCUUUCGUGAGAGCAUUAGACGGAGUGUGGAGACAACUCAGCGGCAACCCACUGAAUAUCGCAAAGCAAUAUGGGAAACCAAGCGCGGCCACGUACGACUACGCAAAACACCUCCUGAGCCAGGAAAUACCUGGUUCACUUGAGAGGGUUUACAUGGUAGGCGACAACCCGAAAUCUGACAUUGCCGGGGCAAAUGCCAAUGGGUGGGUUGGGGUGCUGGUGGAAAGCGGCGUAUAUCGGAAGGGAGAUUCUUUGCUGGAGAGCGAGAAACCGAAGAUAAUAACUCGGGAUGUCUUGGACGCUGUAGAUUGGAUCUUGCAAAACGAUGAGGCCUACGAUUAA